CCUGACGGAUGCAUUGAACAAUGAAUGAGCCUGAUCUACUCGGAUCAUCAGAUCCAUCCACACCGGAAGAAUGUGGCGAUCUGGCCCAUGCGCAGCUUCGGUAUUGUCGAUUGUGCGUGACGGCCACCUUUCUCCUCACCGUCUGCUGCAUUCCGCACCGCCUGGAGGCCUUUCGAGCAGCGCCCCACCCCAAUGAUCCUUCUUCCUCUCUGCAGCCCUUCAGAAGACACGCUGCUCCAUUUCAAAGGCAUCGCCAUCAUUGUGACCUGUCAGCGGCGCCUGUCGACGUCGAUGUGGUUGAGGAGAAAGCACCACCACCUGGGGAGGUGCCGUCUUACUACUAUGUGUCUACUGAUGCGGCUGAUCUGACUGAUGUGGAGUGGUGCGAGAGGCGGCGGCGGUCUGCAAUGGACGAGGGGCGGGUGGAGUUCAGCUCGCCGGCCGAGCACAUUGCCUUCGGCCGGAUGGUGGGGUACCUGGUGUGGGUGACCUAUGACGGCCGGCAGUUUGAGAGCUUCGACGACUCGCCGACCGACAGCGCCAUCAAGGCCUACCUCGUCAACAUACUUGACGAUGAACUGAGGCUCAGACCGAAAUCCGGUGGGCGGCCGAUCAUAAGCAGCACACACACACACAUACACACACACACACACACACACACACACACAUACGCCAUCAUUCUUCUCUUGUUGUCUGUGACAACUCAUUGAUUUGCAGCUUUGCAGCACUGUGUGCGGACAGAUGCCGGCAUGAGCGCGUUGGAGAACGUCUUUCUGUUUGACUCCAACUGCCGGCCGGAUAUCGAGUCGAUCGUCAGGCGGUUCAACCUCAAGGGCUCAGGCGUCAAAAUCACCAAAAUGAUCAAGGUGGGCGGGGAGGGAGGACACACUCGUGAGGACCAUUGCGAUGCCUUGGUGUGUAUGGGUGUGCGUCUGACCUGCAGGUGUUGGAUCAUUUGUAUUUGCAUGAGCUGCUGGACUCAUGUGAGUUCUUCGUCCGCAUUCCUUUCGAGGACCCGCAGCUCGUCACCAAGAACAAGUACAUACACAAUACACGCACACGCGUCCACACGGCCGACUCCACCUCUUUCCUCUCUCACUUUUCUGGCCAGAAACGAGAUCAGCAACGCCUGCGCUAAGUUCACAGGCACCAUUGAUUUCGCCGACUACACGAGCGCCAAGGCCAGCAGCACCACACGCACGGUGGCAGUGCAGUACGACGAGGCGACGGGCGGCCUGCGGUUCAUCUGUGAGGGUCAGGACUUCCUGCCCGACCAGGUGGCCAUGAUGGCUGCCGAGAUCCUCAGCGGCAGCAAGGACACGCCAUUGCCCCCACAACUCAUCACACUGAGGUGAGGCCGGCUGCCUGGCUGGGGCAGGGACGGCACAUGGAUGCAGUGUGUGAUCUAUGGUGUGUCUGUGGUUGGUUCAGGUCAGUGUCGUUGAAUUCCAAUCGUCUGCAGAAUGUGGCCUAUCGGGACGUCAAGGAACCGUUGCCAGGUGAGGGAGGCAAAAGGAGCCCUCACCGAAGGACACAGAAGACGCCACGCCUCCCUUGUAUGUUCGUGAUUGCAGCUGAACUGUCUGAGGCCAAGCAGGAGAGGUGCGGCGAUGUCCUGGUCCUCUCACUCAACGACGCCCAGUACGACAGAAUGAAAGGUAUACACACAAACGACACCUGCCUGCCCCCAACACACACGCAGAUGUGUGCCUCUACGUCUUCGCAAACAGAGAACGAGGGAGCCCUUGAGGUGCAGGUGCGCACCAGCAUCGGCAAGGUGGCCUACCUGAGGGGGUGGAAGGAGACACGGCCCGACGGCAAGGCGCUGGCCAAGGUGUUGAGGCGAGAGGACCGCAAGCGGAAGGGUCUGCCUGACGAGGAGGCCGAGGCCGCCAUGGAGGACCCCCAGUACAAGAGCAGUGCAGAAAAGAGGAAGGAAGCUGAGGCACUGCUCGACAGACUCAGGCAGAUCAGGGGCAGCUCGUGACUGACAUACAGAAAUGUAUGUACCAUGGUGUGUGGUUGCCGCUGCGACUGCUUGAAUGGUGUUGACGCAGCGGCUAUUAAGCGUCAUGUUGAAUGGCGACGGAAAACACGCAGGUGUUCGUUGGAAGCAUAUGACGUGUUACUGCCCGCCACAAC